UUGUAGAUACAUGAGUUGUGGACUUUCCUAUACCAGAAGUCAGAAUGCUGCCCCUCUGUCAUGCUCUAGCUAUAGCUGUUGUCCAGAUUGUUAUCUUCUCAGAAAACUGGGUGUUCUCCAAGAACAUCAACUUCUAUAAUGUGAGGCCUCCUCUUGACCCUACACCAUUUCCAAACAGCUUCAAGUGUUUUACCUGUGAAAACGCAGGGGAUAAUUAUAACUGCAAUCGAUGGGCAGAAGACAAAUGGUGUCCACAAAAUACACAGUACUGUUUGACAGUUCAUCACUUUACCAGUCAUGGAAGAAGUACAUCCAUCACCAAAAAGUGUGCCUCCAGAAGUGAAUGUCAUUUUGUUGGCUGCCACCACAGCCGAGAUUCUGAACAUACAGAGUGUCGGUCUUGCUGUGAAGGAAUGAUCUGCAAUGUAGAAUUACCCACCAACCACACUAACGCGGUCUUCGCCGUAAUGCACGCUCAGAGAACGUCCGGCAGCAGUGCCCCCACGCUUCACCUCCCAGUGCUUGCCUGGUUCUUCGUGCUUCCAUUGCAAUGAUGCCACCAUACCAAUGAGAGGCAGAGACCCGCCCUCUGAAGCACAAGCUAACAACUGUGAAAACAGUGAAUUUCUGAGUGAAGACCGAUAUUGCACUUGGUCAAGAGUGCAUAUUGGACCCCAAAGCAGAAGCCGUUUUUUGCUUAGCUACAAUGCUCCUGCAUGAGGUCACUGGAUUGAGGAAGGGGAUUUGGCAGGGACUGAGGGGAUUUUCUGGCUUCCAGGCUUCCUGGUCAAGGGGGCUGCAUUUUGUCACUUCUGCAGGGGUCCUGCCAUUCUACAACGGGCAGGUCCAGUAGCCUGUAUUGUCCUCGCCUGACCAGGCCUUGAGCUGAAAGGACUCCUUGACCUCGUUGACUUCUUCAGAGGCUGCUGGGUCAGACCCUCUUGUUUCUGUGAUUAGCUCAGAGUGUCCCAAGAAAUCUAAGUCUUCCCCCAAUGAGAAAUUAGUUCCCCUACCAACAGUGUAGUCAAUGAGAAAGGCAACUAUAGGAGGAAGACUUCCAGUUGAACUAAUAGGAAACCCAUUUGCUAAUUGUGGGGGGAA